UUUUUGCUAACCAAGCUAUCGGUUUCCGAUCAGCCGCACGUGUUUACAUUUUACUUUGGCUGCUGGUUGCAAUUUGCAAGAAAAAUGGCCAAGUCAAAGGACAAGUCCGAAAGGCUGGUCAAGAGGGCAUCCAAGGGGGAGGCCACCAGCUCGAACCAGCCCACCAAGGCAACGGCAACCGGCGGCACUGACCCCAACAGCGGUAUCUGGCGUGAUGCACGUUUCCAGCACCUUAUGGCCGAUCCUCGGUUUCGAGGUGUUCCCAAGGUGCAGCGCAAGGUUAAAAUCGACAAGCGCUUUCAGGGCAUGUUUACCGAUGACAAGUUUAAGGUGAAGUACACUGUGGACAAAUACGGUCGCCCGGUAAACAAGAGCAAUGCUGAGGACCUGAGGAAGUUCUAUGAGCUGGACGAGAACGAGAGCGAUAGCGACGAGGAAAAGGAGAAAGAGUCCAAAAAAGACUCGGACUCGGAGGCAGAAGUGGAGCAGCAGGAGCGGCGAGCUGAGGAGUUAGCCAUUGCCAAUUUGAAAGACCAGGAAGAAGAUCUGGGUAACGAUGCCCUGGACAGCGAUGAUUCUGAGGUGCCGGAGAAUCUGCGCGAGCGCCUAACCAACCCGGACAUAGACUACGCUCGUGGGGAAGGCCGCUUGCUCACCGACUCCUCCUCCGAUGAGGACAGCGAGGACGAAGACGGCGUCGAAGACCCCGAAUUGAAAAUUGACCACGUGUGGGGCGAGCUGGACAACGAUGCCGAGAGCACCGAGGACAGCACCCGCCGGCUGGCUGUUUGCAACAUGGACUGGGACCGCAUCAGAGCAGAGGACCUGAUGGUUAUGUUGAGCUCCUUUCUGCCGCCCGGAGGCAGCAUCCUUAGUGUGAAGAUCUAUCCCUCGGAGUUCGGAAAGGCGCGUAUGGCCGAGGAGGAGGUGCACGGCCCCAAGGAGCUGGUGGAGCGCAAGGAGCCGACGGAGGACGACUCGGAGGAGGAGCUUGUGCGCCAGGAGGACAGCGAUGCUGAGGAGGGCGAGGACUACCACAUGGAAAAGUUGCGUCAGUACCAGCUUAACCGCUUGCGAUACUACUACGCCGUUGUUGAGUGCGACAGCAUCGCCACAGCCGACAAGGUAUACCAGGAGUGCGAUGGCAUCGAGUACGAAAGCUCCGCCACCCGCGUCGACCUGCGCUUCAUCCCUGACGACACCUCAUUCGAAGAGGACACGCCCUCUGACGAAUGCCACGAACUUCCGGACGUUAGCAGCUAUAAGCCACGCCAGUUCACUACCACGGCAUUGCAGCAGGCCAAGGUGGACCUCACCUGGGACGAGACGGCGCUGGAGCGACGCGAGUUGGGCGAUAAGUUGUCCAGUGGGCACGUCGACAAGCUCACGGACAAAGAGCUGCGUCAGAUAGUAGCCUACAGUAGUGAAGAGGAGGACUCCGAGGAAGAACCGGCGGCGAGGCAGUCAGCUCCUGAGGAGCUCUCCGAGCAGUCGCAGACAGAGAAGCCCAAAAAGCCCUCGAAGCAAGAGCGGAUUGCCGCCUAUAAAAACUUGUUGGCCGACAUUCUGCAGCAGGAAAAACAGGAAAAAGAGCAGAAGUACGAGAUGGAAAUGACUUGGAAUGUUGAACCCCAGCAAGAUGAAAAACAGCCAGCAAAAGAAACCCAGGCCAAUCUCACGCCCAUUGAAAAGGUGAUUCAGAAGCGUAGCGAGAAGAACAAGCAGCGCAAGGAGCAGCGACGCCAGCGUCUGAUCGAGGCCAAGGGAGGCGAUCCAGGCGAGGACAGUGAUGACUCGAUGGUGCCUGAUGGAGUCGAUUUAAACGACGCAUAUUUUGCCGAAGAGUUUGCCAACGGUGACUAUGCGCCAAUAAAGACAAAGCAGGACAAGAAGAAAAAUAAGAAGCGAGCAAAGGCCGAUUUAGAGGUGGACGCCGAGACGCAGCGGCAGGAGAAGGAGUUGGAACUUCUGCUGGAUAACGGUGAUGGCCCUGACGAGAAGCAUCACUUCAGUCUGACCAAGAUCCUCAAACAGGAGGAGCAGGAGGCGGGUGGUUCCAAGCGAAAGCGCCGCCAGCAGUUGAAAAAGUCAAAGAACAAGCCAAAAGGGUCCGAAAAGCCGGAUGACGACUUCCAGGUGGACCUAAACGAUACGCGCUUUAAGGCCGUCUACAAGUCGCACGAGUUCAACAUCGAUCCGACCCACUCGCACUACAAGGCCACCAAGGGCAUGCAGCAGAUUAUUGGCGAGAAACUGAAGCGCAGGAAGGAGCUGGUGGAGAGCGGCGCUGUCAACGAGGAUUCGGAUGCGGCGGCUCCCAAGCGGAGCAAGCAGCAACUAGAACAGAAUGCCCUAGUUAAAAGCCUCAAGCGCAAGAUCGAGCAGCAACACCGGGACCAGAAAACUUAACGAAAUAAUGUACGAUAGGUGGAGACCAAUAAAUUAAGAGUAAAGUUUAUGAAAAUUUACUAGUACUGUUUUAGAAAAUAAAGGCCGAUUUCUAUGUAUAA